AGAGUAGCUUUCUGAGGGCAUAUGUUAGCCUUCAGUUUUAGUGAGGAGUAAGGGACUAAAUCCAGCAAAAACUUAUGUGAAAACAACCUGAGGAAAAGCUGUAGACUGUGAGUCAAGAUGGGGAAUGGCAAAUCUAUAGCUGGUGAUCAGAAAGCAGUUCCUACACAAGAGACCCAUGUGUGGUACAGAACAUUUAUGAUGGAAUAUCCAUCCGGCCUGCAAACACUACAUGAAUUUAAGACACUUUUGGGUCUGCAAGGUCUGAAUCAGAAGGCCAAUAAACAUAUUGAUCAAGUUUAUAAUACCUUUGACACGAACAAGGAUGGAUUUAUUGAUUUUUUGGAGUUUAUUGCUGCUGUAAAUCUAAUCGUGCAAGAAAAAAUGGAGCAAAAAUUAAAAUGGUAUUUUAAGCUGUAUGAUGCUGAUGGAAAUGGUUCUAUUGACAAAAAUGAACUACUGGACAUGUUCAUGGCAGUACAAGCCCUCAAUGGCCAGCAAACUCUGAGUCCUGAAGAAUUCAUCAACUUGGUGUUCCAUAAGAUCGAUAUAAACAAUGAUGGGGAAUUGACUUUAGAAGAAUUUAUCAAUGGCAUGGCAAAAGAUCAGGAUCUCCUGGAGAUUGUUUACAAGAGCUUCGACUUCUCCAAUGUGCUGAGAGUAAUCUGUAAUGGGAAGCAGCCAGACAUGGAGACAGACUCCUCCAAAUCUCCUGACAAGGCUGGUCUAGGGAAGGUGAAAAUGAAGUAGCUGUGAGAAUACCUGUCCCAGCUAUCAAUGAGCACAACAUUUCAGUAGAGAAGAAAUAGAAUCUUCCCCAUGUACAUGCUGUUGAUUUCAGGUCUUUGUUAUAAUUCAUAUAGGCUUGUGAAUAUAGCACUUAUUUUAAUCCAGUAGAGACUUGCAUAAAGAUCCUAAACAGAUGCAUUGUUGCUUUUCUGUGCUGUCUCUGCAGAUUAAAACAUAAUGAUUACACUAAA